CACCGCCUUCGGGCGGUUCUCUAUCCACAAGUCUCUACCUCGAAGCGAUAAAACUCUCCCGUCUUCUCAAAACCCUUCCAUAAACGCCGCGCUUAUGGCGUUCCUCUCCGCCUCGAUCCUUCCCCUCUCCUCCCCCCACCGCUCUCGCUUUUUCCCCUCCAGACCCUCUCUCUCCGGCCGUGUCUCGUUCGAUGGCAUCAUCGAGAAUAAGCCCGUCGCCGGCUCCGCCAUAGCCGUCUCUCUUCGCUCGACGGCGGAGGUUGAGACCGUCAACAUCGCCGAGGACGUCACCCAGUUAAUUGGGAAGACGCCUAUGAUUUAUCUUAACAAAGUCGUUGAAGGUUGUGUUGCUAACAUUGCCGCGAAACUUGAGUCCAUGGAACCUUGUCGAAGUGUCAAAGACAGGAUUGGAUAUAGCAUGAUAAAUGAUGCCGAAGAAAGGGGGCUAAUUUUUCCGAGGAAGAGCAUUUUAGUUGAACCGACUAGUGGAAAUACUGGAGUUGGUAUUGCAUUUGCAGCUGCUGCUAGGGGAUAUAAGCUUAUAGCAACUAUGCCUGCAUCAAUUAAUCUGGAGAGACGUGUACUCCUUCGUUCAUUUGGAGCAGAUAUUGUUCUAACAGAUCCUGAUAAAGGGAUUAAAGGAGCAGUGGACAAAGCUGAAGAAAUAGUUAGCAGGACACCAAAUGCAUACAUGUUUCGGCAGUUUGACAAUCCAGUUAAUACAAAGAUCCACUUUGAAACCACAGGCCCAGAGAUAUGGGAGGACACUAUGGGUGGUGUUGACAUAUUUAUUGCGAGCAUUGGAACAGGUGGUACUAUCACAGGUGCAGGACGUUAUCUUAAAAUGAUGAACAAGCAUAUCAAGGUAAUUGGAGUAGAACCUGCUGAAACUAGUGUUAUUUGUGGGGACAAUCCAGCAGGUUAUGUACCAAGUAUCUUGGACGUUACGUUACUUGAUGAGGUCAUAAAGGUUACAACUACUGAAGCCAUUGAAGUUGCAAGGAUGUUGGCAUUGGAGGAAGGUUUACUGAUUGGUAUAUCUUCAGGAGCUGCUGCUGCUGCUGCCAUCCAUGUGGCUAAAAGACCUGAAAAUGCUGGAAAGUUGAUUGCGGUUAUUUUUCCGAGCUUUGGUGAAAGGUACAUCUCCACAGUUCUUUUUCACUCUAUACAUGAGGAAGUCAGGAAGAUUCAGAAGUAAUAUUCUCAAUGUCAAGGAAACUGUAUCACUAUAGCAUGAACAACUAAAGGGUACCGCUGCAAGGCACUAGCACAAAUCUUGUGGCAUAUCUGACUACGCAAUUGAAUUGUAUCUCUGUUUGGCGGAUAAUAUAACUGUAUUUCGGAUGGUGCUUCAGCAACAAUUUUGUUUAUGUAUGAAUCAAAUUAGCUUGUUUAAGGCUUACUGUGUCAUUUGUUAAUCUGGGGAUGAUCCACAUGAUUAAGGCUUAUAUUCUGUCA